CAGUUGUUACUUGUGCCGUUCGCCAUCUGUCAACCAGAUUUUUUUUCGGUUCGUUGGCAAUACCUAAACGUCAAGUCUUUCUUUUUGUGCGUGCAUCAAACGAAAACGGUAUCAAGAUGACUAUCCGCCCAGCGUACAGACCAAAAAUCGUUAAGAAGAGAACGAAGAAGUUCAUUCGCCAUCAAUCUGAUCGAUAUGCUAAACUUUCGCCAAAAUGGCGUAAACCAAAGGGUAUCGACAAUCGUGUUCGUCGUCGCUUCAAGGGUCAAUACUUGAUGCCAAACAUUGGUUACGGUUCAAACAAGAGCACACGCCACAUGUUGCCAAACGGAUUCAAAAAAUUCUUAGUGCACAAUGUUCGCGAAUUGGAAGUUUUGAUGAUGCAAAACCGCGUUUACAGCGCUGAAAUCGCCCACAAUGUUUCAUCAAAGAAGCGAAAAGACAUCGUUGAACGCGCCAAGCAAUUGUCAAUCCGCUUGACAAACCCCAACGGACGUCUUCGUUCACAAGAAAACGAAUAAAAUGGAUAAACAAUUCCGUUUUAGUUUUUUUUAUAUACCAAUCAACCGAAAUAUCGAUUACAACCAGAUAUUUUUGAUUUAAUCUUCGUCGAAUUUUCACGUGUAUGUCAAUAAGUGACAGUGCAUGGAAAUAAGAUUGAAAUAAAGUUAAAAUAUAAAUAACCAGUUAAAACAACGGAAAAUA